CAUUGGCAAUCCCUGGAAUUCUUAACAUGGAUGGCACUGUCAACAUAAUGUGUUGAUGUUACUCUAGAAAGACAGCUUGUCAUUCCUGAUUGGAGGCUAAGCUUGGUUACAUUUCCUCAGUAGUAGCAGAAGGAGGUUAAGAAUUAGGUGCUUCUCCAAAAAUUGGAGCUGGCCAUCCUGAGUUUCUCUAAAAUUCUCAAGGCCUUUAGAAGGACUUCCUCUUUGGGGCUGGGCUUUUCACCCAGCAGGUCAGGAACUGAAUCAUUAAAGACACAGAUGGAAAAGGGAGGGGCAAAAAAUGAAGGCUUGUAUUUCCUUUGAGGGACACAGCUCCAGUCUAACCUGCCAAACUGUCCACAUCACCACCAGAAAACAGCAAAGACAGUGAUUGGCAUAAAAAUGGGCUCCCUCAACACAGCAAACGUUGAAUUUUGCCUUGAUGUGUUCAAGCAGCUGAAUAAUAAUAAUCCAGGAGAUAACAUCUUCUUUUCUCCACUGAGUCUGCUUUAUGCUCUAAAUAUGGUCCUCCUUGGUGCCAGAGGAAACAGUUCAAGGCAAAUUGAAAAGGCACUUCACUAUCAACAUACUGGAGAAUUUUUUAAACCAGAAUUUAAGGAUUCAUCUAAGUGCAGCCAAGCUGGAAGAAUACAUUCAGAAUUUGGAGUCCUUGUCUCUCAAAUCAACCAACCAGACUCUGACUAUACCCUCAGCAUUGCUAACAGACUCUAUGGGAAAAAAGCAAUGGCAUUCCAUCAGCAGUUUUUAAGCUGUUCUGAGAAACUUUACCAGGCCAGACUACAAACUGUUGACUUUGCACAAUCUACAGAAGAAACAAGGAAAAUUAUUAAUGCUUGGGUUGAAAAGAAAACUAAUGGAAAAAUCACAAACCUCUUUGGAAAGGGCACCAUUGACCCUUCCUCUGUAAUGGUCCUGGUGAAUGCCAUAUAUUUCAAAGGACAAUGGCAAAAUAAAUUUCAGGAAAGUGAGACAGUUAAAUCCCCUUUUCAACUAAGUGAGGGUAGAAGUGUAAUUGUGGAAAUGAUGUACCAAAUUGGAACAUUUAAGUUAGCCAUCAUAAAGAAGCCACAGAUGCAAGUUCUUGAGCUGCCUUAUGUUAAUAACAAACUGAGUAUGAUUAUUCUGCUGCCAGUGGGCACAGCUCAUCUAGGACAGAUAGAGAAACAGCUGAAUGUGAGGACAUUUCAGGAGUGGACCAACUCUUCUAACAUGAUGGAAAGAGAAGUGGAAGUACAUAUUCCCCGUUUCAAACUUGAAAUUAAGUAUGAGUUAAAUUCUCUGCUAAAAUCCCUAGGGAUGACAAAUGUCUUCAAUCCAGCCAAAGCUGAUUUCUCUGGAAUGUCACCAGACAAAGGGCUGUAUUUAUCAAAAGUUAUCCACAAAUCCUUUGUGGAUGUCAACGAAGAGGGCACUGAGGCAGCGGCAGCCACUGGGGACAAUAUUGCUGUAAAAAGACUCCCCAUCAGAGAUCGGUUCAUGGCAAACCAUCCUUUCCUGUUCUUUAUAAGGGACACUUGUACCAGUAUGCUUCUCUUCGCUGGCAAGCUCACCUCUCCAUAAAGAGAGGGAGGUGAGGAACACCAGGGAGGUAGACGUAGGGGCAGAUAAAUGACCAUAGAUCAUAGUGAACAUA